UCCCGGAAUUAUUAGGAGCGAGGCAUGGUCCCGUGUAGUCUAUCGGAAAAGCCAUCCCAAACGAUGUUUCUGCUACACAUUACGUAGGAAGUUUUUUUAUCCUAAUACCACGAUUGCAGCGCCUCUGUCGUCGUAUUACAAAACCACAAACAACUAGUAGUAAGAAGUGAUGCUGUCAGAAGAGUGUCGUACGUUUUCGUCGUAUUUAUUAAUUCCAGAAAGAAAAAACGAAUUAAAAUUUAAGUGUGAGUGUCAGUGAUGUUAAUUCAAUUAGAUGUGACCAGACAGGCGAAACACAGUUUUAAUGGAGUUGAACAAAUUGUGAAUCGAAGGCCAUUCUCCCCGAAGCGCAUGAAUAUCCAUGCAAAAAAUCGACGCGACAAUUGAUGACAGCUCCGCAUGUUAUGAUGGUGUUGUGAAAAGUGACAGACCCAUAUCGAAUGAAAAAAUAUACUAAUUUGUGUUUUUCAAAACUGUUCAAAAUGAUAAGACUAAAUAUCCUUUUACGAGUGCUUGUGUCGUGCUUCCUGAUUGGGUCGUUGAUUGACCUUUGCGAGGCCAACCCCGAUGCAAAACGGCUGUAUGAUGAUCUUCUUAGCAACUACAAUCGACUGAUACGACCCGUCAGCAACAACACAGAUACCGUUUUAGUGAAAUUAGGACUACGGUUAUCUCAGCUGAUAGACCUGAAUCUUAAGGAUCAGAUCUUGACGACAAAUAUUUGGCUGGAACAUGAGUGGCAGGAUCAUAAAUUUAAAUGGGAUCCAGCAGAGUACGGCGGUGUGACGGAGCUGUAUGUGCCAUCGGAGCACAUCUGGCUGCCGGAUAUCGUACUUUACAACAACGCUGAUGGCGAAUAUGUUGUCACAACCUUAACCAAGGCAAUCCUACACUACACCGGCAAAGUGAUCUGGACUCCGCCAGCCAUUUUCAAGUCAUCGUGCGAAAUUGACGUACGAUAUUUCCCAUUCGAUCAGCAGACAUGUUUCAUGAAGUUCGGUUCCUGGACGUACGAUGGAAAUCAGAUCGAUCUGAAGCAUAAAAAUCAACUCAACAACUCCGACAAUAUGGUAAAGAUUGGAAUCGACUUACGUGAGUACUACCCGAGCGUGGAGUGGGACAUCCUGGGGGUACCGGCCGAACGUCACGAGAAGUACUAUCCCUGCUGUGCCGAGCCAUAUCCCGAUAUUUUCUUCAACAUCACAUUAAGACGAAAAACACUGUUCUACACAGUCAAUUUGAUAAUACCGUGUGUCGGCAUCUCGUACCUCUCGGUGUUGGUAUUCUAUUUGCCGGCUGAUUCGGGCGAAAAAAUUGCAUUGUGCAUCAGCAUUCUGUUGUCGCAGACCAUGUUCUUCCUUCUGAUAUCGGAAAUCAUACCGUCUACCUCGCUGGCGCUGCCCCUGCUCGGCAAGUACCUCCUGUUCACUAUGAUACUGGUUGGAUUCAGUGUCGUGAUCACCAUUAUUAUACUGAACAUUCACUAUCGCAAGCCGAGCACACACAAGAUGGCACCGUGGGUCAGGAAGUUCUUUAUACUACGGCUGCCAAAAUUGCUCCUGAUGCGGGUGCCGAACGAUUUGCUUAAGGAGUUGGCAGCAAAUAAAAUAAACUACGGAAUCAAAAUCAGCAAAAGUAAAUUCGGUGCAGCACUGGCGGCCCAUUCCCAGAUGCAGCAAAACUCGGGCGGUUCAAGUCCGGAUUCAAUCAGGCACAUGCAAGGCCGGCCGGGAGGGUGCAACGGUCUACACUCGACGACAGCCACGAAUAGAUUCAGCGGACUGGUCGGGGCGCUUGGAGGAGGCCUCAGUAGUUUAGGGGGCUACAACGGACUUCCAUCGGUGAUGUCUGGCUUGGACGAAUCGCUGAGCGAUGUGGCGCCGAGGAAGAAAUACCCGUUCGAACUGGAGAAGGCCAUUCAUAACGUUAUGUUUAUACAGCAUCACAUGCAGCGCCAGGACGAGUUUAAUGCGGAGGAUCAAGAUUGGGGAUUUGUGGCGAUGGUAUUGGAUCGUUUAUUUUUAUGGUUAUUUACAAUAGCGUCAUUAUUCGGCACAUUUGCAAUCCUCUGUGAAGCACCCUCGCUGUACGACGAUACCAAACCCAUUGACAUCGAGUACUCCAUUAUUGCCCAGAAACUGUUCAACCUCACCGUUAAGGAUCCACGACAUGCAUAAGGGGGGUAUGUUUACUUCCUUCCCUGCAGCAGUGCUCUUCGGACAUUCAAUUUCAAGUUAGCGAUAAGGAAAGGUGGAUAAGCGUUGAAGUCAGGCAUGUCAUGCUCUAACAGAGUUAUUGUACGUAAUUAUAACCGUAUUGAUUCCGGAAAGCAAUUUUUCACAAUGUUACUACUCAGUCACCCAAAAAAACACAUCAUACUAACGCAUGGUUGGAAUCGAAGAGUUGAAAUUAUACGGUAAUCUUAAGUAACACAUACACAGUGAAAGUGACUAUCAAUUAAUCAGUGAACAAGUUUUUACAAAUUUGAAAUAAACUAAACUGUUUUAGCUAGAAAUUCUGCUUCU